AUUUAAGCCUCCUUCAAAAAAAAAAAUGUAUAUUUGAGCCAAUAUCCACCAAGGGAUAUUGUUUCUAGCAGAAGCGCAACUAAUUUCUCACACGAUGAGCCAAUGUUUGAACCUCGUGUUAAAAACAGCAUCAUGUUUUUGAAAGUAUAAAAAUAAGAAUAAGGUUUAAUUAAACGUUUGGUCCCAUAACUUAAUUGUUUUCAUUUUGGUCCCAUAAGUAUAAAAUUUUCCCGUUUAGUACCUCAUGUACAUCUCCGUCGCGACUACUCGUCCAUUCUGUCAAAUGUUAUAAUCUACCGUUAGUGAGUGCACACGUGGACAAUCCAACGUGGCACGUUUAUAAGUGUUAUGUUAGUGUAGAGAGAGAAGCAUUCAGUUUUAGAAAGAGGAAAAGAAACAUAGAGAGAAGAACGAAAGAAGAAGAAACGUCAAAACCCUAGUGCGUGUGAAUCUGAGCAAUCUAAGGAAGAAGACGACCAAUUCCAACUCGAAGGACACUCCAAUGGCUGAGGAGAACGAUUUCGAUAUUGAUGCUUGGGUUGAGGCUGAGGAUGGGAGGUUUGUUCUUGUACUACACCACGGGGGUGGUUUUGUUGAGUUCAACCAUGCUGCCUAUAAUGGCAUUGAGACUGUUUUGGAGUGUGAAGAAGACGAAUGGGCACACUUCUCAGUGUUGUCAACCGUAAAGCGUUUAAGUUACACCAUGAUUAAUGCUAUUUGGUACUAUGAACCUUACCUGGUGGAUGAGCUGGUUCGUUUGAGGGAUGACCUGGGUUGUAUAAGGAUGAAAGCAAUAGCUGAAAUGCAUGGAAGGGUUCAUUUAUAUGUAGAACGUAAUGUAUGUGCUCCUGAACAUGCCCCUAACUUAAACCCUUUGAUUGAGUACCCUUUAGGACACGUGGAUCCUCAUGGUGCAGAUGAUGUGGAAGAGGGGGGUGCGCAUGUGGAAAAGGUGGCUGUUGAUGAGGCAGAAGUGGUUGUUGAGGUUGAAGAGGUGGUUGUUGAUGUGGAAGAUGAUGUUACUGAGGUGGAAGAAGUUGAGGUGGACAAGGUGGGACCAGAUAUGGAAAGUGCUUUUGUGGGACCAUAUAUGGGAAGUGGAUUUGAUGAUGUGGACACUGAGGUUAAUGAAGUAGGGACCACUUUGAGGGAGGAAACAAAUGUUGGGGGGGGGGGGGGGGGCACUGAGGAUAAUGAAGUAAUUGAUGUGGGUCCCACUCAUGUUAGCUUUGAACAAGAUCUUAAUGGGCCAAGAUGUGGAGUGAAUGGGCUUGCUGGAUCUGCUGGACUAGAGGGUGAAUUAAGAACAAGGCUUGAUGACUUAAUAGAUGUUUAUGGGUCAGACUGUGAAGCUGUUGAGAAGGAGGAUAAUGAACUUGAUGUAUUGUUUGAAGAUUCAGAGGAAGAGAUAGGUCAGGAAGACAAUUUUGGUUAUCAAGUAAGUGCAUCUUUUCAUCAUCAGUUUGAAGAUGGCGUUAAUCUUGGUGAAGAUGUGUUUGUAGGUGGGGCUGCUGCAACAGAAACUGAACCACCAACUAAAGCAGGGUAG